AUAAAGACUAAUUCUUGCAUAUCAUUUCUACCAUCUACCGAAUCCACAUAGAUAGUUAGAAUCACCUUUCUUCUCAACACUUUCCGUUCUUGUCAUACCAAAAUACAAGAUGACCAUCAACCCCCGCAUCGGCGUCGGCGUCUUCGUCUUGAACCCCCAGGGGCAGUUCAUCCUCGGCAGAAGACAAGGAAGUCAUGGCUCAGGAACAUGGGCCCUCCCCGGCGGACACCUCGAACUCAACGAAUCCUUUGAAGAGUGCGCGGCGCGCGAAGUCCAAGAAGAAACGGGUCUCGAGGUGAAGGAUAUUCGCUUCCUAACCGCCACCAAUGAUAUCAUGAAAGCGGAAGGCAAGCACUACGUUACUAUUUUCGUGGGCUGUGUUCUGCAGGAUGGGAGUGCGGAGCCGAUGAUAAUGGAGCCUGAGAAAUGCAGCAAGUGGGAAUGGGUGACGUGGGAGCAAACCCGGUCAUUCUUCCAGGAGCAGAGCACCGCGGAGGAGAAUGGAAGUAACGAUUUUGCUGGACGACAACUAUUCAUCCCCAUCUUGAAUCUCUUCAGGCAGAGAGAGACCUUCGACCCUUUGGUGAGUUAUGGAGUUUGAAUGGACUUCAUCUAAUUAGUGGGAAUAUGACCAUAAUGAAGAUGAGUCAUGAAUCAUGAUGAUUAUGAC